GGCAGCCCGCGGACCGAGUAUCGCCCACGCUGCCGUGACAGCCAACAACUGCAGACAGGAGGGGGGAAGGAGGAGAGGGAGGAAGGAGGAGGGCGAGGAGGAGGAGGAGGAGGAGAAGGGGGAAGGCGCGCCUGCCAGGGACCACUGCGUGAAGAGCAGGUCAUCGGCGGCCUCCCCGCGGGCGUGCAGAAUGUCGAAGGCUCAAGCCGCGCUGGCUCAGGGCGGCAGAUCGUCCCAGUGGCGGUCGAUGGGGCCGUCGAAGGACCGCACAGGUUCAGUACCGCGACCGUGCCACGGAGCCCUCGCACAGUACAGUACAUUUCCGUUCUGAGACCCCGAGCCUGCCAUACCCCUAGGCUCUGGAUGGGUGCUCUGGCGACGACCCCCAGCGUGGCGGCAAGCGACGGCAUGAACACCGAGACCGACAGCUCCAGUGCCACGCAGGGCUCGGCAGCCUUGCGGCUGGACACGGACUUGGCCGCAGGCUCCGAGACGGACCAGCUGCACGCCAUCGAAGUCGACAACGAAGACAUCAGGAAGACGGCCGCCGCUGCUGCGACUGCCGGGCCCGCCACACCCACCCCCUCGCCCAACUCCUCGGCCCUACCCACGUCGAUCCCGUUCGUCGAGGGCCAGCUCCCCGGGGAUUUGGAGGAUGAGGUCCUGGCUCACUUCAGCAUCGUGCAAGCGACGCCUUGA